UCCGGCGUGUGACCGACCUCGCGUCCUCAACCGAAAGCCGAGCAACUGACGAGUUGGGUAUUCGUUCUCCGAGUUUUGGGACGUUUCAGAGACAUAGUCAUGGUUUUCGAGAGGAAAAUGCUCACGUACGGGGACCCCGACGACGAGGAGGAAGAUGCACCUGCUGAGGAAGAGGAGGAAGAGGAAGAAGAAGAGGAAGAGAUGGUGGACCCUUUAGAAACAAUACGAGCCAAGUGUGAGGAGACUGAACACUGUGUGCACUACAGAGAGCGUCUGGAGUUGUGUGAAGCUCGCGUCAGUUCAAAAUCCAACACUGUGGAGGACUGCACAGAAGAACUCUUUGACUUUCUGCAUGCACGGGACCAUUGUGUUUCACACAAGCUGUUCCAUAACGUGAAAUGACCUGCCUGCCCCACAGAAUCUGUUUAGCUGCUAUAAUUGUAAAGUAAUCAGUUAUCGCUUAUGAAGUCUGUUCUCCAUCCCACCCCUUGUAUACAGUGCAUGCUUGUCAGGAUCAGGAACACUAUUGGCAUUGUGAAUCACUUUUACUGUGGAUUAUUACAGCCUACAGUUAGUGCAAAAAAAGAGUCCAGACUGUCAUUACAACGUGGUCGCAUCAUAUGCAAAAGCAGGUAUGCUGCUCCAGUAAUGGAGUUUACCUCAGGUUUGGUCAUGGAUUCAUUGUUCUGACCAGAAAAUAAAGAUCUUCUUUGGUUCCCA